CAUCGGUACCAUGUCCAAAUAUAGGUGGUGUUAAGGUACCCGGGUCCGGACUACCUAUUCUGCUCUCCGUGCCCGCCAGAUCUUUGAUUUCUCGAGUUUUGCUUAGUUUUCCCUGAAUUUCAGUCAGCUUCAUCGAUCAGAGAAGAAAAACUUCAAGAAGAGAAUAUGGCUGCACCCUCCCAGCCUACAAGAAUUGGCCUUGCUGGUCUGGCUGUCAUGGGCCAAAACCUGGCUCUCAACAUUGCUGAGAAAGGCUUUCCAAUUUCUGUAUAUAAUCGAACUACCUCGAAAGUUGAUGAGACUGUUGAGCGAGCUAAGAAGGAAGGAGAUCUUCCUCUAUUUGGUUUCCAUGAUCCCGAAUCUUUUGUGCACUCCAUCCAGAAACCUCGUGUCAUCAUUAUGCUAGUUAAGGCCGGGGCACCUGUUGACCAAACCAUAAAGACCCUCUCUGUUUACCUAGAGAAGGGUGAUUGUAUCAUUGAUGGUGGUAAUGAGUGGUAUGAGAACACUGAGAGAAGAGAGAAAGCCAUGGCCGAAUUGGGUUUACUGUACCUUGGAAUGGGAGUUUCAGGCGGUGAGGAGGGUGCUCGACAUGGACCCUCUUUGAUGCCUGGAGGGUCCUUCGAGGCUUACAAGAACAUUGAAGACAUUCUUCUUAAAGUUGCAGCUCAAGUUCAAGACAGUGGCCCCUGUGUGACUUACAUCGGCAAAGGUGGCUCAGGUAAUUUUGUUAAGAUGAUUCAUAACGGAAUUGAGUAUGGUGAUAUGCAGCUGAUUGCAGAGGCUUAUGAUGUACUGAAAUCUGUUGGAAAGUUGUCAAAUGAGGAGCUUCAGAGUGUUUUUUCAGAAUGGAACAAGGGGGAACUUCUGAGCUUCUUGAUCGAGAUCACUGCAGAUAUAUUUGGAAUUAAGGAUGAUAAGGGUGAGGGAUAUUUGGUUGACAAGGUUCUGGACAAAACUGGCAUGAAGGGUACUGGCAAAUGGACCGUACAGCAAGCUGCUGACCUAUCAGUUGCAGCUCCCACAAUCGAAUCUUCUUUGGACGCAAGAUUCCUCAGUGGAUUAAAGGAGGAAAGAGUUGAAGCUGCCAAAGUCUUCAAAUCUGGUGGGUUUGGUGAUAUCUUGACUGACCAAGUUGUUGACAAGAAGAAGUUGGUCGAUGAUGUAAGGAAAGCUCUUUAUGCAUCCAAGAUAUGCAGUUAUGCACAGGGAAUGAAUCUGAUCCGUGCAAAGAGUAUUGAGAAGGGGUGGGACCUGAAGUUAGGGGAAUUGGCUAGGAUUUGGAAGGGGGGUUGCAUCAUCCGAGCCAUAUUCCUGGACAGAAUUAAGAAGGCAUAUGAUAGGAACCCUGAUCUGGCAAACCUUCUUGUGGAUCCAGAGUUUGCAAAGGAAAUUAUUGAGCGACAAUCCGCCUGGCGACGAGUUGUGUGCCUGUCUAUUAACUCAGGUAUUAGCACCCCGGGCAUGUCCGCCAGUCUUGCUUACUUUGAUUCUUACCGAAGGGAAAGAUUGCCAGCUAAUUUGGUCCAAGCUCAAAGAGACUAUUUUGGUGCUCAUACGUAUGAAAGGAUUGAUGUGGAGGGAUCUUUCCAUACUGAAUGGUUCAAGCUUGCCAAACAGUCUAAGAAUUAAUGCUUGGUUGUGUUCUACUUGGGCUGGACUCAAAAUAUUCCUAGUAGUAUCUGCUCUGGACUCUGCUGGGAGAGCUGACACCAACUCUACUUGGUGAAAUCUAUCCCAUUUAUCCUGUUUAAUCAUUUGAAGUCUAUUUGUGUUGUUUGUCACGGUUUUGGCAAAUCCUGCACUACUUUUGUGUUUUCCUUUCAAAAUAAUCCAGUAUGUGGUCUUUCUCCUGUUUAAGAAGACGCCUUUCACUGUGGGGCAAGACACGUUUGAACAUUAAUAAGCAUCAUAAAGAGUUUUGUUAU